GGCACUGGCAACCGUGCUGACGACACGCACUACGUCAACUUCAACUGACUGCAACUGUACUUAAAAAAAAAAAAAAAAAAACCCUCACACCUCUCCCUUCUUUGCACAAACUCUUAUUCUUUAAAAUCCAGAAACCAUGUAAUCGUUCACAGAUAACACGUUAUUGAUUAAAUCAUGACCUCGCUGUCAUCUUCGUCAAUAUCUCAGUUGACGGGGUCAAGCUCUUCAUGCAGGACUCUUCCCGGGGAAGGGACUCAGGUACACCCCAGAGCUCCUCUACUGCAGAUCCUGAGAGUAGCAGGUGCUCAAGAGGAGGUGUUUACUCUGAAGGAGGUCAUGCACUACCUGGGUCAGUACAUCAUGAUGAAGCAGCUGUAUGACAAACAGAGACAACACAUCGUCCACUGUCAAGAUGACCCACUCGGUGAACUACUGGAAGUGGGGAGCUUUUCCGUUAAGAACCCCAGCCCUGUGUAUGAGAUGUUGAAGAGGAAUUUGUUUAUUUUGAAUAAUGCGGAUGCAGCAAAGAAUCUUUCUGUCGGCAAGGAUUCUAAUGAGUCUCCAAGUGAAGAUCCUGGUCAGGUGUCCAGUGGGUCGAUUAGCUCUGGACAGGCUCUCAUUGCUGGCAGCACCAGCACUGGCGCAACACAGAGCGGCUCACAGCGCAGGCCACGCGAUCCUGAUGAAGACUCCUCAGACGGCUUACCCAGGUCUGCUUGCAAACGGCCAAAGCUGGAUGUGACUCUGGAUGAGUGGGACCUUUCUGGGUUGCCCUGGUGGUUUCUGGGUAACCUGCGAAGUAAUUACACUCGCCGAAGCAAUGGCUCAACUGAUAUUCACACCAAUCAACUCUCUCCUGUACAGGAUGAGGACACGGCCAUCGUUUCUGACACCACAGAUGAUCUUUGGUUCCUAAAUGAGGCAGAAAGCGAGCAAGUGAGUGUGGAGAUGAAGGAGGCGGUGCUUGAGCAGGGAAGUGAUGUAGAGUCUCCACGUGAAGAAGAGGAGACCAGGAAAGACAAUAACGAUGACAGGAAGAUGCAAGACGAACAGGAUGAUGACUCUCAGUGUUUAAGUGAUGACACUGAUACUGAAAUCUCCACACAGGAUGCAUGGCAGUGCUCAGAGUGUCGCAAAUUUAACACCCCUCUUCAACGGUACUGCAUGCGCUGCUGGGCUCUGCGGAAAGACUGGUACAAGGAUUGCCCUCGUCUCGUACACUCCAUCUCUGUUCCAGACAUCCCCGCAUGCAUUUCACGUCCUGAGAGGGAGGAAGACGAAGAGGAUGAUGGAAUCGACAUGCCUGACUGCCUUAGGACUGUGUCUGACCCUGUCGUCCUCCCCUCGCACCUCAUCUCUAGAAACAUCCCCCCAUCAUCCGCUUCGUCGUCAAAAGGAAAGGGUCCUUCCCAGCUUCACCCCCACUUACAGGAGAGCUCAGAGGGUGACAGCCAGGACACGCUGGACAUGGAGACGGAAUGCCAACCCGAGGCCUUGCUAGAACCCUGCAAGCUGUGCCGAGUGCGGCCGCGAAACGGCAAUAUCAUCCAUGGCCGCACAGCUCAUCUGAUCACCUGUUUUCCCUGUGCCCGCAAGCUGCACAAAUUUCACGCUCCUUGCCCGGGCUGUGGCCAGGUUAUACAGAAGGUCAUCAAAACCUUCAUAGCAUGACCGAAACAUCUUAAAGGCGCACACAUGUAUUGAACGCACUCGCUUGCUACUUUAACAUGUUUGUAUACACAAUAUAUACGCAAGGAGGCAGGGAAAUUGACAAACGGUUGCUGGGCUGAAAUGAAAAUAGUACAAUGUAUCUAUAAUAAUUUUAUUGUAAAGUACAAAUCGAGUAUAAAUAAUGUACAGAAUCUAAUUUAAAGAAACUGCCCUCGUAUUGAUCGUUCGCCAUUGUUUUGUUAUCGUAACUUGGCUGAAGACAGUUUGCUACUGCCUUAUUGUGAAGAUAUGCAUAAUUAAGAUCCUAACGUCUGUACAGUCCGCUCAGUUUGUAGUAGCACAUUUAAAAUGCCUUUCAAUGUACUUGACAAAGUUUGGUUUUACUUUUAUUUUAAAAGAUUUUUCCCCUUGUGGGUUUCUGGCACUUAACCAAAGCAUCACUUAAGUUGACCUGGUGAAAGGUUUUUCUUUAGACAGGUGCUGCUUGAAACUGAUUAAAUGGGAAUAUUUAUUUAUUUAUAAACUUUAUUUUUUUUGUAGAUGGCAUCUAAUAGAGGGACCAGUCAACAGUUCCAAGUCAUUCCUGUGCUAUGAGAAGAACCAAUUAUAUUACAGAUUGUGAAGUAUUAAAACACCUUUGGAUGUAGAGGCGGUACAAUACAAAAGUGGAAUUAGACCAAUAUCCACGGUUUUUCCUUCCAAACCCUUCGGUUGCUUAUGAUGCUUGGCUACUUGUUCCUUUGUUUUGUUUGUUUAUUCUAUAGCUGAAUAGAUAUGAUGUAUGAUUGAGGAGUGUUUCCUUCUAAUUCAGAUUUCCUGUCAACCAAACACACAAGUGUUCUUCUUUAAUGAAGGUAAAGGAACAUGUUCUUCUUUUAUGAAGGUUAAGAUGAUGUUUAUGGGACAAAAAAGUGUUUUGAAAGCAAUGUCUGCCAUACUUUUUUAAAUAUUGCUUUAUUUUGCAGAAAGUUAAUCUGUAUUGUUUGCCUUGAAAUUUACCAGAGCGCUUCUGUUAUGUGGGAAUUUAUGGUUAUUGUCCUCUAGGGUUAUUGCUUUUCUUAAUAACGAGUUGUUUCCCAUAACAAAGUGGAUUCAGUCUCUGUUGUGUAUUAUGUAAGUGCAGCCAUAAAGGAAUUCUGUUGUUCUCAGCCACCAGAGGGCGAAAUAGCUUUUCACAUGCAGUAAACGCAUGGAACUUGCUUUGCUCGUUUCUAAUUAAUGCUGUGUUGUUUACCUUUUGAGGAUGCGGAGGAUUUAUUACAAUCACAUCCAAAUUUACCUGAACUUUCUUGUGUGGUAUAAACACUGCUAUUUCACUGCCAUUAUGCCUCAUAUUAUGGAACCUAAAUGAAAUUCAUUCUAAGCCAAUGACGUUAUAAUGAAGUUUUUGUUUGUUUUCCAAACAUUGUUUCUUUUUAGAUUUAGUCUGAGCAGUACUUUUGUUUUGUUUUUCUUUCGUUUUUAAAAUGUAAAAUAAACAAUCUAUCCAAUGGAAAGGAUGCUCUGGU